UCAACAGCAGAAGUCAGAAAGUCAGAUUUGUGUAAGUGAGGAGGGGGGAAGGACUCCAGAGACAAAUGUGGACUUACCCGCUGUUUCUGCGUCUCAUCCCUGCCAUCCAGAACCGGGGAGAGAAAACAACGCUGGUUAGUAGUUUCUGCGGCGUCUAGCUGAAGUUUUUUUGCGGUUCUGAAGGAGGUUAAUUGGACUUGCGGACUUGUUGGCUCCUCUCUCCGGUUGUUUGGCGCGCCGUUGCAGCGCAGCUCGUCUGCGCACCUGGAUCCGCCACCAUGACCUCAGCGCAUCUCCGCUUCUGAAAAACUACCAUGCUGGCCUCGGUAAGGGGCGACACCCCCUGCUGUGGCGACCCACGGUGAGUGCGCUCGUACCCCGCCUGUGGAAUGGCCGGAGCCCAGGUGUCUGCAGCAGCGGAGAGCCGAUGUGGCCACCCGCAGGAGCCAGCCGGGAUCUGAGAGAGCGCACCAGACUGGGAUGCGAGAAGAGAGAGCCUGAGCACAGAGGGACGAACUCCGGCUUGUUUUACCUGGACCUGGGCCGUCCGGAGCCAUGGCCUCUCAGAUGGUGUGCGGACUGAUCUUUAGGCUGCUGCUGCCCAUUUGUCUCGCAGCUGCUUGCCUCUUCAGGUACAAUGUCCUGUCCCUCGUCUACCUCAUCUAUCUCCUGCUUCUUCCGCUCUUCCCAGAGCCGACAAGCACAACAAUGCAAGGCCACACAGGGCGUCUGCUGCAGUGCCUCUGCUUCACCAGUAUGUCCUUCCUGCUGCUGCACAUCAUCUAUCAGAUUACCGUCAACAGCCUCCUGGCCGGGAACUCCAUCUCCUCCAACUUCAGCUGUUCGUCAUGGGAGAGCUCCAUACGACAGAUUGGCUUCGAGAGUGUUAUUGGCGCAGACGCGGGAAACGGCAUCCGAGUGUUUGUCCCUGACAUCGGCAUGUUUCUGGUUGGACUCGCCAUCUGGCUGCUGUGUCGCACUCUGGUCCAGAAAAGGCCGCCGGAGGAAAUGGGCCAGUACAACGAAGACUUCGACGCAGAGGAACAACAGGACGAGGAGAAACCGAGCCUGGACGACGACGACGACGAUGUCCUGCUGGAGGACGACCUGGAGGCCGGGUACGAGGCCGAGGAGGACGAGGAGAACGAGGAGCUCUACGACGAAGAGGAGGACGAUGAAGAGGAGGAGGAGGAAGAGGAAGCCAAAGAGAGCACUAAGAUGAAGAUCCUGAGGAUGGUGGCGGAGGUUGCUUCCAAAGUGAAGGAGAUCAUCGGGAACCUGAUCACCACAGCAGGGAAAGUGGUGGUCACCAUCCUGCUGGGCAUGACAGGGAUCAUGCUGCCUUCGCUGACAUCUUUUGUUUACUUCUCCAUCUUCCUGUUCCUGUGCACCUGGUGGUCUCUCUGCCGGACCUUCAACACCCUCAUAUUCAGCUGCAUGUGUGUCCUGAUGGCCAUCUUCAGCGCCGGACACCUCUUGGUGCUCUACCUUUACCAGUUCCAGUUUUUCCAGGAGUCCAUCUUCCCAGAAGACAACUACAUCAGGGUCUUUGGCAUCUCCCCCGUCGUCCAGACCAACUGCUCCUACACCUGGAAGCUGAUUGUUCACCCGGACCGUAAGUGGUACCACUUCGUCAAUCCCAUCAUGCUGCUGGUCCUCUAUUACACCCUGGCAACGCUCAUCCGCCUCUGGCUGCAGGAGCCCAUCGACCAACUCAUGGACGAUAAGGAUGAAGAUAUGUGUGAGGAAGAGAAGCAGAGUGGAAACAGACUGAGUAACUCGGCCAACAGGAAGAGGCAGCUGUGGUGGGAGUCUCGCCAGGGCACGGAUGAGAAAAACCUUCUCUCCACCCAGGAUGGCAUCAGUACUACUGAGGUUGUUCCCACCCCAAACGGGACGACUUUUGACUUCGUCACCACUGAAAAUGGGCCGGCGUCUCUGGACUUGUACUCAACCCCCCAGUAUAAACUGGACAAGCUCAGUGACGGAACAGAGAAGAAAGACGAGUCUGUGUAUGAAGUGAGCUUGCCUCCUGAGGAUUCAGCACUGAAGGGAUCAGAAGAAGAAGAAGAAGAAGAAGAAGAAGAGAAUGACAUUAAGAAAAAAGGAGUUGGCGCGAUGGUGAAAGUUUUCCAUUUCAUCAUGAAACAGAGUUACAUCUGUGCUCUAAUAGCUAUGAUGGCGUGGAGUAUCACCUAUGUGAGCUGGCUGACGUUCGUCUUCCUCAUGUGGUCGUGCGUCCUGUGGAUGGUGAGGGACCGGCGGCGGUACGCCAUGCUGUCGUCCCCCUUCAUGGUGGCCUACGGCAACCUGGUGAUCGUUCUGCAGUACAUCUGGAGUUUUGAGAACAUGACGCCGGUCGCAGGAUUCUUUGUCUCGAAGAAGAACCCGUUCCACUCGCUAUCAUCCAAGAUGUUGUGUCUGUUGACGUUCUGGUUGCUACUGAGACAAACGCUAACAGAGCGACAGGAGAAGCUGAAAGAAGACAGCGCUGGUCUUUCAGACGUCUUUGUGGACGAACAGAAGAAAAAGGAGGAGGAGGAGCCGGAGGAGGGAGGAGAGCAGGACCUCAUGCAGGUUCUGGGCGGCCUGGUGAUGAGCGUUCUGGUCAAAUACUGGAUCUACAUCUGUGGCGGGAUGUUUUUCAUCGUUAGCUUCGAAGGAACCAUCGUCAUGUACAAGAUUAUCUACAUGAUGAUGCUACUCUCCUGCGUGGCGCUCUACCAGGUUCACUAUGAGUGGUGGAGAAGGAUCCUGAAGUACUUCUGGAUGACUGUCGUCAUGUACACCAUGCUGGUCCUCACCAUCGUCUACACCUUCCAGUUUGACGGAUCCGACAACUUCUGGAAAUCAGCGCUGAAUGUGACGGACGACAAGUUGAAGGACUUGGGUCUGGAGCGGUUUUCAGUUUCCAUGCUGUUCACCCGGAUCUUUAUUCCCACUUCCUUCCUCCUGGUGUGUAUCCUCCACCUGCACUAUUUCCACGAACCCUUCCUGCAGCUCACCGACCUGCAAGCCGUGAUAGCCAAAGAAGAAAGCACCAUCUACAGCCACAUUAAAGUCAGAGAACGUGUCGAUUUGAUCAUAAAUAGACUGGCGGAGCCCGCGGCGAGCCUGGAGGACCUCACCAUGCUCAGCGCCAGCUCGGUGGAGGCGGCGCUGCCCAGGGAGAAGGAGGAGCUGGAGGCGGAGGAGCGGAGCUGGGGCCCGGGAAACGACGAGGAGCAGGCGCUCGUUUUGGUGGCUGACGCCAACAUGAGCGACGAGAAACCCAAGAGCUUCUCCGACCAGCGCCAGUCCAGCACGGAGGAGAGCCAGCGCUGCAGCGCGGCGACAGAGCCGGAGCCGAGCACGGAGCAGAGCUCUGAUCUGAAGAAUAAAUGGCAUCUGGUGGUGGACCGGCUCUCGGUGCUCUUCCUCAAGUUCCUGGAGUAUUUCCACAAACUGCAGCUGUUCAUUUGGUGGCUGCUGGAAAUCCACAUCAUCAAGAUCGUAUCAUGCUACAUUGUUGUCGUCUGCAUCUGGGAGGUGUCUUUGCUCAACUAUGUGUUCCUGGCGUCGUGGGCCUUCGCGCUGCCCUACAGCCAGUACCGACCCCUUGCUUCUAGUGUUUGCACUGUCUGGACGUGUGUCAUCAUUGUGUGCAAGAUGUUGUACCAGCUGAAGACUAUAGAGCCCACAGAAUACAAAUGCACCGUACCAGAUUUCUACCCAGACGAGGUUAAGAAGAGGCUUGUGAAGACGCCGUUGUAUAAUAGCACAUCUGACCUCGGUAACUGGGUCGGCCUGAGGAAGGAUAACGAAGACCUGCUCAGAUACCUCAGGAACAACCUGUUGAUGUUGGCGCUGCUGGCCUUUGAGGUGACCAUCUAUCGCCAUCAGCUGUACUUCAGGCUGAGGAACAAACUGUCUCCUCCCGCAGCCAGAAUCAUCUUCCAUGAUGUCACUCGCCAGCACCUCGACAUCGGCAUCGUCAGCUUCGUUAAAUACUUCGUCAACUACUUCUUCUACAAGUUUGGACUUGAGACGUGCCUGCUGCUGGUGGUAAACGUGAUUGGUCAGCGAAUGGAUUUCUACGCCAUGCUCCACGCCUUCGCCCUCAUCGCGGUCAUGCAGAGACGCAGAAGAAAAGCCAUCGCUGAGAUCUGGUCAAAGUACUGCUUCUUCCUGGCAAGCAUGCUCACAGUGCAGUACUUUGUGUGCAUCGGGAUCCCACCGGCUGCCUGUAAAGAUUAUCCCUGGAGGUUUCCAAACUCUACAACCGGCUCCAACGUGAUCAAGUGGCUCUAUGUCCCAGACUUCGAAAUGAAGCCCAAUCCAUAUUUUCUCGUCUACGACUUCAUGCUGCUGCUGUGCGCCUCUCUGCAGAGGCAGGUCUUUGAAGACGAAAACAAGGCCGCGAUGCGCAUCAUGGCCGGAGACAACGUGGAGAUCUGCAGAGACCUGGACGCCGCGUCCUUCAGCGUCCACAACCCCGUCCCCGACUUCCUCCACUGCAGGUCGUACCUUGACAUGCUAAAGGUCAUCAUGUUCAGCUACCUGUUCUGGUUCGUCCUCACCAUCAUCUUCAUCACCGGCACCACCCGGAUCAGCGUCUUCUGCAUGGGUUACCUGGUGGCCUGCUUCUACUUCCUGCUGUUCGGCGGUGACCUGUUGCUGAAACCAAUCAAGAAGAUCCUCCACUACUGGGACUUCCUGAUUGCCUAUAACAUCUUCGUAAUCACAAUGAAGAACAUUUUGUCAAUCCUGGCGUGUGGCUACAUCAACUCUCUGGUGAAAAACCAAUGCUGGUUGAUCCAGUUGUUCAGUCUGGCCUGCACCAUCAAAGGUUACCACAUAGAAACCAUAUCGUCCAGCCAAGCCAAGGGAAACUUCUGUGAGCUCCCCAAAGAUGAGGCCGGGAUAAUCUGGGACAGCAUCUGCUUCGCCUUCCUGCUGCUGCAGAGACGAGUCUUCAUGAGCUACUACUUCCUGCACGUGGUGGCAGACAUCAGAGCGUCGCAGAUCCUCGCCUCCAGAGGAGCGGAGCUUUUCCAGGCCACCAUAGUGAAGGCGGUGAAAGCUCGACUGGAGGAGGAGAGCAAAUCAGUGGAGCAGCUGAAGAGACAGAUGGACCGCAUUAAGGUGAGGCAGCAAAAGUUUAAGAGGGGCAAGGAGAAGAUGCUGAGCCUGGCGCAGGAGUCUGCCGACGGACAGACGCUCGUCCGGCCCGAGGAGGAGGAGGAUGAUGAUGGAGCACAGCGAGCGAAAGCCAAGACCAAAAAAAAGCAGUGGUGGAGGCCGUGGGUUGACCAUGCUUCCAUGGUUAGAAGUGGAGAUUAUUACUUGUUUGAAACUGACAGUGAGGAAGAAGAGGAGGAGGAGGAGAAAAAAGACGAGGAGCCGCCAAAGAAGUCGGCAUUUCAGCGAGCGAUCAGAAAGUUUGUCUCAGCCAUUCUGGCUUUGCCCAAGUCUAUCAUUAGGCUGCCUAAAACUGUGCUGCAGUACGUAGUCAAGGCAGGAAAGUUUCUUUACCAGGCCUGGAUCACGGACCCCAAAGCUGCUCUGAAGGCGCGAGCCAAAGACAAACGCAAGUUUUGGAAGAAAUACACAAAAAGAGUGAGAGGCAGGAAAAGCAAGAAAGAUGCAGGUCAUGUUGCGAUCGAGGUGGGGGAGCUUUCUGAUGGGCAAGAAACAGGAGAAGAAAACAAAAAGUCUGCUGGUCCAGACAACAUCAUCAAGCGGGUGUUCAACAUCAUAAAGUUCACCUGGGUGCUCUUCCAGACGACGGUGGAGAGCUUCACCAACUGGAUGAACGACAUGUGCAGGGAGUACAUGGACAUCUCCACCGUGCUUCGCAUCGAGCGCUGCAUGCUGACGCGGGAAGUCAAAAAGGGCAACGUGCCGUCCAGAGAGAGCAUCCAUGUUUACUACCAGAAGGCCAUGAGGCUGAACAUCUCCAGGCAGGCCAGCCUGGACCAGCUGAGCGAGGACGGGUCCAUGUCCGGCUCCACCAGGGGCCCAAAGAGAAGGAGAGGCUACCCGAUGGAGAGCCAGGACUCCACGGCCUCCAGAGACAGCAUGUCCAGUGCCUUCACGGAGGCCACCACCCUGUUUUCCCGCCAGUCCACUCUGGAAGACAUGGACCCAAUGCCAGAGAACAUUCCCAAAACCAGUCAGCGCCCCAGGCCCAGCCUGCGGAAGAUGUACAGCAUGGACAUUGCUAAUUCGUCCAUAGACAGCGGCAGCAGCAUCGUAUCCAGUGAAACAACUCAAAGCGUCAUGAUCUACUCCAGACAAGGAACCACAGACACCAUCGAGGAAGUGGAGGACGAACAAGAUCAAGGAGAAGACGCUCAGCGUCCUGUGGACAAUCAGGAAGCAGAGGAGACGCAGCGCGAUGAGGAGAACGUUGAAGAUGGUGAUAAAGAGCUGCGGGAACCUGAUGAAAAAGUUGGAGGAGAGGAGCAAGAAGUAGAGGCUGCUCCCUGCGACUCCUUUAGCCCAGAUGAGAGGCCGUCCGCCAGGCAGGACGACGCAGAAUCGGCUGCCUCAUCACGGGAGAACAACUCAAUCAGCGAGAGCGAAAAUGUAGUCGGACAGCAGGACUUCUCGCAGAUGGAGGACCAGGCCGUCAUGCUCUACACCCCCGACACGGACGCUUCCAAAACGUCUGAUGCCGACGUGCCACCCAGCUACAGCAAGGCGGUGAGCUUUGACCGCCUGGAGGUCAGCGACGACGAGAGUGACUCCUACCGGAGGCGGCGGUUGGUCAUGACGUCCGACAGCCGCUCGGACAGCAGGUCGGACAUCAUGCUGCCGUCGAUGACCACCGAGCUGACGGCCAGCGAGCUGCUGCUCAACAAGAUGUUCUACGACGAGGAGCUGGAACAGUCGGACCAUUUCUACCAAACCCAGCCACUGAUCCUGCAGUUCUGCUACGCCCUCUACAACAUGCUGGUGGCCCAUUCCGAGUUUGUUUGCUACCUGGUCAUCAUUAUCAACCACAUGGUGUCGGCCUCUUUCGUCACCCUGGUUCUCCCCAUCACCAUCUUCCUCUGGGCCAUGCUGUCGGUGCCGCGGCCCAGUAAACGCUACUGGAUGACGGCCAUCAUCUACACCGAGGUCACCAUUGUCGUCAAGUACUUCUUCCAGUUUGGCUUCUUCCCCUUCAACCAGAACAAGAUAGACAGGAAUAAACCAUAUCAUCCUCCCAACAUCAUCGGUGUAGAGAAGAAAGACGGAUACGUCCACUAUGACCUGGUCCAGUUGCUGGCUCUGUUCUUCCACAGGUCCAUCCUGAAGUGUCACGGUUUGUGGGACGAAGACGACCCCAAGGAGAAAAAAGAGGCGGCUCGUCAGAGUCAGAGCGAAUCUGAGGACGAGGGAAGAGAGAAAGAGGAGAGCGAGAAGGAGUCGGAGCCGGCCUCAUCGCUGAUCAACGAGAGGAGAGGUUCCAAUCACACCUUGAGGUCCAUGACCUUUGGCACUUCCGUUGAUUCAGAACAGGUCCAGGUUCAUUACCCGCAGCCGCAGACGUACCAGAGGCGGAAAAGCUCCAGCGGAGGCUCGCAUGUUUCCUACCGAUCUCGAGGUUCUUCUGCAAGAUCCAAGAGAGGAAGUACGGCUUCCCGCCACAGCAGCCACAAAGACGGCAGCCAGGCCAGCGUCCAGCAGAAAACCCGCAAGCAGAUGAUCAUCGAAAAGCUGAGGGAGCAGCUGCUCAAAGCAAAAGCUUUCGCCAUCAAGCGGUUUUUGGAGCUCUACCUUCCCAUGAAGCAGUUCUUCUACAACCUGAUCCACCCGGAGUACAGCGCCGUCACUGACGUCUACGUCCUGAUGUUCCUCGCCGACACAGUUGACUUCAUCAUCAUCGUCUUCGGUUUCUGGGCCUUUGGGAAACAUUCGACGGCAGACAUUACGUCGUCUCUGUCGGAGGACCAGGUCCCAGGUCCCUUCCUGGUCAUGGUUCUGAUCCAGUUCGGCACCAUGGUGGUGGACCGGGCCCUCUACCUCAGAAAGACCGUCAUGGGGAAGGUCAUCUUCCAGGUCAUCCUCGUCUUCGGGAUCCACUUCUGGAUGUUCUUCAUCCUGCCGGGCAUCACAGAAAAGCGUUUCAGUGAGAACACGGUCGCCCAGAUGUGGUAUUUUGUCAAGUGCAUCUACUUUGGCCUGUCAGCCUAUCAGAUCCGCUGUGGCUAUCCAACCCGGGUCCUGGGAAACUUCCUCACCAAGAGCUACAAUUACGUCAACCUCUUCCUGUUCCAGGGUUUCCGCCUGGUGCCUUUCCUGACGGAGCUGCGAGCGGUGAUGGACUGGGUUUGGACCGACACUUCCUUGUCCCUGUCCAGCUGGAUCUGCGUGGAGGACAUAUAUGCUCACAUUUUCAUCCUCAAAUGUUGGAGAGAAUCUGAGAAGAGAUACCCUCAGCCGCGAGGCCAGAAGAAGAAGAAGGUGGUGAAGUACGGGAUGGGAGGAAUGAUCGUGGUGCUGCUCAUCUGCAUCGUCUGGUUCCCGCUGCUCUUCAUGUCGCUGGUGAAGUCUGUGGCCGGCGUCGUCAACGCGCCGCUGGACGUCUCCGUCACAAUCACCCUGGCUGGAUUCCAGCCCAUCUUCACCAUGAGUGCUCAACAAAAGCAACUUCAUUCUGUGAAAGAGGACGACUUUGUCAAAUUUAAGAAAGGAUUUGUAACAAACGACGAAGCCAAAACAAAUAUGGCCAUGCAGUGGCUGGAGACAUACUUUGCAGAGGAUCUGAUCAUCGCGGAGCUGAAAGGCAGCUCCAACUCGCUGUGGACCAUCAGCCCACCCAGCAGACUCAACCUGAUAGAAAUGUUGGGAUCGAAGGAGAAAGGGGAGAAGGGGGACGAUCAGGAGUUCCUGAUCACCGUCUCCUGGACUGUGCAGAGAAACCUCAGUCUUGGUGCCAAAUCUGAGAUGGCAUCUGGGAAAAACGUGAUACCUCUAGAAGAAAACACGAAGCGGGAUCUCGUUAUGCUUCUGAAUGGGACAGCCAGCCAGUUAGAAGUGAGGAUCCCAGAACUCAUUCCCCGCUACAUCCGAGCCCCCAGCGACUCUGAAGCCACGCCCGUUGAACAGCUCGGUGAAAACAUGUUCAACGUUUCCCUCACUCUGAGGCGAGCCCACAACGCCUCUGAUCAAAUCCAGGAAUGGUGGAUCGUGAACCAGCUUGACCCCGGGCCCUUGGACAGCAUCGUUACCAAAAACGAACCGGGCCUGAACAUCUACGUCUUCAGCGACCAAGUGAGCCCGCCCAGCCUGGGCUUCCUGGCCGGAUACGGAAUCAUGGGUCUAUACGCCUCCGUCGUUCUGGUCAUCGGGAAAUUUGUGCGCGAGUUUUUCAGCGGCAUCUCCCACACCAUCAUGUUCGAGGAGCUGCCCAACGUGGACCGCAUCCUCAAGCUGUGCACCGACAUCUUCCUGGUGCGGGAGACGGGCGAGCUGGACCUGGAGGAGGACAUGUACGCCAAGCUCAUCUUCCUCUACCGCUCGCCGGAGACGAUGAUCAAAUGGACCCGGGAGAAAACCGAGUGACAAACGGAGACGACUGAGCUUUUCAGGGGAACUGCGUUAGCGCAAAACGGCGCUCAGUCGGCCAUGAUGCCUCGCAGAAACACUGAUUUUAACUGAAACUGGUACAUUUUACUUGUUAAGGAUGAAAAGCAGUGAAACUGAGCACAAAUCUUCAGCUGCGGAAGUUGUUUCUACUGCUCGGCGUGAAACGUGGCUGCAGCUUUACUGAUUUAAGGGCUUUCCACUGACGAGCAUGAGCACAGUGAGGACCAGACGAGCUCAAUCCCAGACUCUAACUGGAUCUAUCGGAUCGGGACCGAGCAACGAUGGGAGCUCACACAAAAAAAUGUCAAUUAGUGACCGAGAAACAUUACAUUUCUUUACACAAGGCAGUCUGAAAGGAUAAAAAAAAGACUUUCUUGCCUUAUUUUGUUUGUAUGAGAAGAACUGAACCUGUUCAGAAUCACACAUCUUUCUCAGGAAGAGCUGUUUUCACCGAUACGUUUGUGUUGUACCUGUAGGCUUUAACGCAUCUAAAAGAAUGUGAGAUUGUAGAAAAGGUGAGAACUAUUUAAAUGGCAUGAAAUAUAAAUAGAUGGACUGAAGUCAAGUUUGUUUACUGCACAUUUGGGAAGGACGGGAGGGGGUGGGUUCUUUGAAAAAAAAAAGAGAUUAUUGCCAAUCAAUUACUUUAAUUCAAUCUGAGUCUUCAUCACUCAUAAGCCCACAGAAAGACAGAAGAAGAAACGCUUCCUCACAAAAAAGGGCUGAGAGACACGAGCCCUUUGGUCCAGACUAUGCAUUAAAUAACAUUUUAGCAUGACUGAAAAACUUAACUAUUGCCAUGAAUAAUUUUCAGAACAUGUACAUACAGGGGGAUCAUGUUACUGAAGGGGCCGGGCGCUGAGGAAUGAUAUGUGAAAUCGUAGCUGUAUAUUAAGACAAUGUGACAAGAUGUGCAAAUAAAAGAUGUCUUGAAAGGG